GGCCUCUGCUCGAUAGUUUCUUAGUUCAGUCAUGAUACGCCCCUUCACUGAAUAAGACCGGCUUAAACGUGGGCACAGAAAAAAGGGGGAUAUCAUUUUUUGCCGAACAUGAAGUUUCUCUUAGCUGUUCUGCUGAUCAGCGCAGCAUCCGCUCAGGACUUCAAAUGUCCGAAGGGAUGGGUCGGCUACGGCAGAUACUGCUACUACUUCAGUGACGCUGUGUGGAAUUGGAAUGAUGCGAACGCUGUAUGCAGGGGACGGCAAGGCAACUUGGCCAGUGUUGAAAACGCGGACGAGUGGGCAUUUAUAGACAGCCAACUGAACAUUAAAAGAAGGGAGUACUGGUUCGGUCUCAAUGACAAGGCUAAGGAAGGCACAUUUGUCUGGAGCGAUAGGACAAAGGUCAAUCAGACUCUGUUAAAUACUCUGUGGUCAAAUGGACAGCCAGAUGACUAUAAAAAGAGUGAAGAUUGUGUACACAAUUGGUACCGUACUGGUGGUAGCAAGUUGAAUGAUGGCAAUUGCAAUGCAAAAAUGCCAUAUAUUUGCAAAAGGAAAAACAAUCUUGUUGAGUUUUGUGAUAUUGAAGAUGGGUGGCAUUUCCUCAACAACAUGUGCUACAAACUGUUCUUAGAUCCAAAAACCUGGGAUGGCGCGCGACAGGAUUGCCAGGAUCAAGAUGGCGACCUGAUGGUGGUCCAGAACACUAACGAGAUCAAGUUUAUAUCUGAUUCUAUCUCUUGUGGGCUUCAUGACAAUAUUUGGCUUGGGCUUUCAGAUAGAAAAGAAUUUCAGGCCCAACCCAUGACUUUCAAAUGGGUGAACAAAGCAGGCUUCAACAAUGCUUUCAGAGGACAGUGGGAUACAAACCAGCCUUCAAAUGUGUCCCUUGGCAACAAUUGUGUCUUUGUUCUGGGAACAUCAAAUUACAAAUGGAGGACAGAUGCCUGUGGUGUUGAAAGGUCUUACAUCUGUGAGCGGCCCAGAGGGUCAUGUCCCAAAGGAUGGAGAAGCUGGAAUGCCCAGCCUGGUACGGGACCCGGCCUCUGCUCGAUAGUUUCUUAG